AUGGUAUGCCUCUUCUCGUUUGGAGUACCCGCACUCACCACUGCGACGGCUAUGAUUAUUCUCCGCCACAAGAGUCACAAUUUCACGGCGGCGCCUCGAAAGUACUUUUGCGACUUUGAGGACCUUCGGGUUGCACUGUGGACGUUUGGCGUGCCGAUGCUCUUGACUGCUGUUCCCAGUGUCCUUUUUGCAUCAUUCGGGGUCAUCGUUAUCAUGCUCUUCGCCCAACAAGUUAUCGAAGCCAAAGACAACACCAAAAACGACCCUGCCAGGCGCGGACCAGAUAGAGACUUCCCCAUCUUCUCAGACUUUUCCGAUAGUGUUGGCGGAAUCAGCUUUUUCAUCAUCUUCGGAACCACCAGGGCCGCACUCGACACGCUGGGAUACCUUCUUAGCUGCGGAUGCAUUCGAACUAGACUGGAGCGGCGGAGACAUCGUCAUGACCCUCGAGCUGAGAUGCAUUCGACCAUGCAGGAGAUGUAUUCGACCAUGCUAGUUCCAACGGCAACUAUGAGCCCGUACGUUAUUCACCCACUAGUGGCCGUACCUGCGCAGAUCUACAACCCAGACCCAGACUUCAAGAACUACCCCAAAUAA